AUGGCCAUGUUCGCGAUGGAGAGCGUCAUGCUGCCGGCGAGCAUGGUGCUGGUGCAGCUCUUCUCGAUCUUGCUAGUGCUUCUCUCCAAGCUCGCCCUCAACACCGGCAUGCGGCCCUUCGUCCUCCUCGCCUACCGGAACCUCAUCGGCGCCGCCGUCAUCGCGCCCCUCACCUUCGUCUUCGAGAGGAAAAAAGCGAAAAUCCCAAACCUCAUAGAGUGGGGCUGGAUUUCCAUGAAUGCCACAUCCGGGGUUAUCCUGGCAAUGGGGCUGUACUACUAUGGACUGCGCGGCACCAACGCCACCUACUCCGUCGUCUUCCUCAACCUCAUCCCCAUCGUCACCUCCGUGGUUGCCAUCCUACUCCGGGCAGAGAAGUUGGUAUUCAGGAAGUGGCAUGGAAAGAUGAAGUUCUUGGGCAUCGUGACCUGUGUCGGGGGAACAAUGGUGGUCAGCCUCUACAAGGGCAAGAUGUUGCACCAUCCUUGGCCGACCCACCUGCUGAGGUCCCAUACUCAGGCGGCCGCAGCUCCGGCAGCUCACCACAACAUGGUCAUCGGCACAUUGUUCCUUUGCGGUAGCUGCCUCGGAUAUGCCUUCUGGUUCAUCAUACAGGUUAAGCUUGCCAAGGUAUUCCCAUCUAGGUACUGGGUGGCGACGCUGACGUGUCUGUCGGGAAGCCUGCAAGCAUUCGUCAUCGGCAUCCUCAUCGACCCUCACACGUCCGCAUGGAGGCUCAAGUGGGACCUGCAGCUCCUAACCAUUGUCUACUCGGGGGUAUUCAACACCGGUGUUGCAUUGGUCCUCAUGUCGUGGGCGGUGAAGCGCCGUGGGCCCAUCUACCCCUCCAUGUUUAAUUCCCUCGCGAUGGUAGCGACGGUGAUCAUGGACUCGACACUGCUUGGCACCAGCAUCUUCUUAGGCAGCAUGAUAGGGACGGUGUUGGUCAUUGUGGGGCUAUACGCAUUUCUGUGGGGGAAAGGGAAGGAGUUGCAGGAAGCUAUAUCGCUAACGAAGAACGCCGGUGAGAAUGAAGACCCUGGAGACGGUGGUGAGCAUGGUGAGCCAGUGUUGGAGGUGCGUCAUCGCGGCGAUGAAAUAGCAUAGGGUGUGUUCAUCAUCCUGACCAAAGAUGGUGUAAAUGUGCGGUCAUUUACAUUAGAACUAUCGAGGCUAUGGAUUAAGAUUUGGACAUCUUCAGAAUUCAACAUCCUGUAUUUGUUC